AUGGAAUCACCAAAUGUAGAGAUAUUAUUUUGGAAAGUUUUUCAUAAUAAAUAUUUAUUUUCAAUUAUAUUAAAAGAAAUCCAUAAAUGUGAAUGGGUAAAUUAUGUCUAUUUAGGAUACCAUGUUGAUAAUAGAAAAAGAUUUGAAAAUAUAACAUCGAUGGAAUGGAUGAUAAAUAAUGAACAAUUUGAAUUACUAAAAUUAAAAAUCAAUUCAAAUGAUGAAAUUAUAGAGAUUAAUAAAAAAUCAAUUAAAGAAUUAUUCUCAAUAAAUGAUCCAUCAUUAAUUGAACAAUUAUUAACCCAAUUAUUUCAAUCAAAUAAAAAAAAUCAAUUUAUAAAAAUAAUAAAUGAAAUGUUACCAACUUUACCAAUAAUCACAUCAAAUUCACUUCGUUUCAAAAAUACCUAUAACAUAUUCCAAUUAUUACUCUCAAAUCUGUCAUCACUAUCUUCAUCAUUCCAAAUUUAUUCAACAUUAUUAGAAUGUGCAAUUGAAUUCCUCCAACCAAAUACUUUAUCAAUUUUAAUAAAUUCACCAAACUUAUUUAUCACACAAGAUUUUAAGAAUAGAUCAUUGACAUUCACAAAUUUAAAUUCAACCUCAAUUAAAACCAUUGAAGAGAAAAUCGAAUUAAUUCUAUCAAAUCCUAAACUAUACAAUACCGAUUACUCAAAUUUAGAUAUCAAUAUAAAUUUCAAUGGAAAUGGUAGAGAAAGAAUUUUAAAAUUUAUACCAAAAAAUGAAAAUUUCGGCCUAUCUUUAAUAUUGUUAAUUAACAAUUCAAAUAUUCAAAAUAAAUUAAUUGAUUUAAAUUUCCAUGAAUUAAAUUUAACAAAUCUAGUUGACAAUAAAUAUAAAAUCAAUGAAAUACUAUUAGAUUAUAAUAGGGAAUUAAGAGUUAAAGAAUUGCAUAAAUACUUACUACUAAAUCCAACAAUUGUAAAUUUAUACGAUUCAAUUUAUUUAGACCAUUUAGUUUAUUAUAGUAGAUAUGGUGAAAUUAUACCAAAUCUUAAAGAAAAUAAUUUAAUGGAUUUUAUUAAAAUUUCAAUAGCUACAUUUAAUGUAAAAGCAUUGAAAACCAUUUCAAAACAAGAUUUAGAACAAUUUAAAUUAAAAUAUUCUAAACCUCAUUCAAGAGAAACCACUAUACCAUUAUCAAUUUCACGUGAAUAUAAAAGUAAACAAGAAAUGAUUGAAUUUAUAAAUUUCUAUACAACAAAUUAUGAUUAUUUUCAAUGUUUUCAUUUCAAUCAUAAUAAAAUUAUUCAAGAUUAUAUUUUAAAAAAUUUAUCAAAAACAUCAUCAUCAUCAUCAUCAAAUAUAGAAAUUGAAUAUAAAGAAUUACUAAAUUCAAUUAAUAAUAUUGAAUUUUUAAAUUUCUUUCCAAAUAGUUGGAAUGAACUAAUUAAAAUAAUAGCAGAUAGCAAUUCAAUAUUAUUAUCAGUUGAAAUUAAAGAUAAUUUACAAAUUGAUUGGAUUUUUGAAAAUUGUGAAAAAGAAUUUUUAAAAAGGUCAAUUAGGAAUUUUAAAAGUCAAGAAUUUUUUCAUUUUCAAAAUUUUCAAUUACUAAAUUAUGCUUCAAAUUUGUUUAGUAGUUUACCAAGAGAUCAUUACCUUUAUUUUAAUAAUAAUAAUAAUCAAGAUGAUGAUGAUUAUACUCAAAUUAAUUCAAGAAUGGUUCUUUAUAGCUACCCAUUUAUAAAAUCAAUUAGAGAUUGUAAUAUUGAACAAAUGAAAUACUUGUAUUCAACAAAAGGUGAUGAUUUCUUUUUAUAUGGGUUCAAUAUAACAAUUAGAUUAUUUGCAGAAAAACAAUUUUUUUUUUCAUCAAAUUUAAGUGAUGAAGAAAUUAUUAAUUUCAUUCAAUAUUUAAAUGAUAAUCAAUUUAAAUUCUUUAAACCGAAUCUUGUUAAAAGGGUGAUUAAAUCAAUUCCAGAUAGAAUUAAAGAGAAUGAAUUAUUAAAAUUAAAAAUUAAUUUCAAUGAUUUCAUUGAUGAAGCGAGUCAUAUAUUUUUAAAAUCAAUUGAAAAAUUAUCAAUUAAUCAAAUUAAAUUAAUGAUUGGAAAUGGGUUUUUCCCAAUUCAAGAUAUUUCAUCAUCACUUUUAAUUAGAUAUAAAGAUCCAAUUUAUUCACCUUUAUCAAAAUGUGCAAAAUUUUAUUCAAUUUCAAAUGAUAAUUGUGAAAAAGUAAUAACCUUAAUUCAAAUAUUUUUACAAAUGUAUGAAAACUACACAAAAGAAGAGGAUGAUGAUAAUGAUAAUGAUCAAGAUUAUGCUUUUCAUAUAAUUAUAAAUCAUCUAUUUAAAGUAUUAUUAAGUGUUAAAAAAGUUACAAUUCAAGUUAUAAAAAAUAUUUAUAAUCAAAUUUCAAGUAGUGGUAGUAGUAGUUCUAAACACAUUAUAAUAGAUCAUUCACUUUAUCAUGUAGUUUUUUAUCUUUCAAUAAAGUCACCCCUAUUAGCAAGAUAUAUAAUGUCACGCCCUUUCAUUUACUCGAUAUUCACUGACGACGAUGAUGGAACCACCCCCUAUUACAAUUGUUCAGAUAAUCCUCAACAUCCAGGUUAUGAUAUUAGAAAGUAUUUAAAUUUACAUGUUUUUACAUUUGAUUUCAUACUUGGUAAAGAUACAGAUACACAUACAUCAUUUGAUUUAAUAUUAGAGAAAUUAAUUGAUGCAUUAUCUUAUAAACCAAUGACAGAUGAUGAAUCAUUAUUAUUCACAGAAGAGGAUUACUUAAAUGAAACGAUUAAUUCAAAUUUACAUUAUUUCCUUGACAUUAAAAGAGAAGAUCUUUUCCUCAACCAUUUAGAUUACAUUCAAAAUCAAUUUUUAAAUAAUAGAUCUCUAAUAGUCGAUACGUUCCCUUACAUGACAAGAUACCAAUAUCAUCAACCUCAACAUCGACAAUCAUUCACCAAUUGUAAUCAUUGUGAACAUUUAAAUAUCCAACCAGUAUUUAUGGGAAGAAUUUUCUUAUUUUCUAAAAAAUUAAUUGUAGACUCAAAUAAGGUAUUAUCCAACCACGCUUUUAAAAAAUUAAUUAGUUUUUCAUCUUAUCAAUCUUUUUUAGAACUAAUUAUGAAUGAAAAUUUUAAAAUUAUUGAUAAAGAAAUAACAGAAAUUUUAUUAAAAAAUGCUGAUUUUAUUCAUCACAUUUUUAAAAUUCAUUAUAAAUCACUAAUUCAUAAUAAUACUGAUAAUAAUAAUAAUGAUAAUAGUGGUUAUAAUGAAUAUUGGAAUAGAAUAAUUUAUAAAGAUUGUAAUAAUAUUUCAAUUCCAAUGUUUAUCAAAUUUAAACAUUUAUUCAUUGGUAAUGAUUGUUUAAAACCAAUUAAUGAUAAAGAUUUAGAAUUAUUAUUUGGUCAAUACUGUUUUGAUAUUGAUUUAAGAAAUUUAAUUAUAAAUUCAAUUCCAAAUAGUAAUUAUUUUAAUAUUACAAAUUCAAUGAUAUCAAAAGCAAUUGAUUCAAAUAGAAUUGAUUAUUUAAAAUAUUUAUAUGAAAAUGGUGGUGAAAUUAAAAAUAAUCCAUCGCUAUUACAACAUUUAAAAAAUCAAUUAUCAAAAAGUUAUGAUUAUAAUUGUUUUUUAGAUUGGUUAAAUUAA